AUGGACAGAUCAGAUGACACGGUUGAAAUACCAGCCCUGGGCCGCCCAUUCCAGCUGGGGAUGCUGUACGACUGCCGUAAAGAUGCCCUCAUCCCAGGUAGAGCUGGUGCAAGGAAGAGCUUACACUUAGCAGUUGGCCCAAACAGUGCAGUUUCAGUGCUAAACGUGCUCCUCAAAUUCAUUUUCAACAUCCCUUACUGUCUUCUUUUGCCAACGUUUGUGUUCCUUUAUGUUCUCUUCAUUUGGACAAGGCUUCCACUUAUUAAAAAGAAGUCUUCUUGCCCGUGAUAGCGUCUUUGCUCCUUAACCUUGCUGGCAUCGUCUUGGCCCAAAUCAUCACCAUCAACAUCUGUCAAUAAAGAUUCAGCAGGUGUGUUCUGUUUCAAUUUUUUAAAGCUUGCUAAAAACCUUUCUAGUCCACCAGGCUUAUGCAGGCGAUUAAGAAUACAUCUUUCCACAAUUAUUACUGUAGGUAAAAAAACAGGACAUUUUUUCAGCCAGAACCUGCCAGAACUCAGUUCCAGCACCUCUCAGGUGGUCACCAUUGCAUUAUAAGAGAACAAGGGAAGCAUUCAUGGAGAGUUCUUUUUUCCUUGAAAAAUACCACAUUAAACAUAAAAAACUUCCCUAAACAGGGCUGCCUUCAGAUGUCUUCUAUAGGUUGUCUAGUUACUUUUCUCCUUGGCUCAGGGGUCACAUAACUCCAUACCCUCCAACAUUUCUCUGAUGAAAAUAAGGAUGUCCUACGCCUAAGGGACAGCGGAACAUUCCAGGGAUUAAAUCAGAAACCAGGAUGGCUUCUAUAAAUCCGAGACUGUCCCUGGAAAAUAGGGACACCUGGAGGGACUGUAAUCCAUUGUUGUGUUCUUGUACCAAUAAUUUAACAACUUUCACCACUGUAACUAAGCCAAGUUUUACUCCCUGUGUUGUCUGACUGCUGUAUGGAAAAGGACAUGAAUCUGACCUUUGGAGAGUUUUUAAGUAAACCAUUACGAACUUACCAAACAUGUGGUCUUUUUCUAUGCCCGGUGGGGGGGGGGAACUAUUUUGGAAGGAACUCACAAGCACAUAUUUCUCACAGCCUAGAUUUCCACACUUUGCUUUGCUGCAUAUUUUGUGAUUUUAAAUCUGCUGGGGUUCUCUCACCAAAGUGUUUUGUCCCAACUUGGAUCUUGGCCCCCAGGGAAUUCUCCUUAUAUAUACCCAUUUUUUCCGUGCCAGUCAACAACUAGCACCAGCUCUCUAGGGCCUCAAUCAGGACAUGAUCACAGCCCUAAAUGGUGGUGACUGAAUCUUAUCCCUGCUGCUGAGCCAGUGCCAACCCCCUUUCUGAGGCCUGUACAACAGAAGCUCAUGAAAUGUUCACACUUGUUACACUAUCAUAUCUGGUCAAAGAUUUUCCCUGUCUUUUGCAAAGUUUUACAAAACUGCACUAACCUCUUUCUUUGUGGAUGACAGUGGGACAAAAUUCAUGAGUGCAGACAUUGUGGACAGUGAUAGCUCUAUUUUAACUCCUUGUUUCUCUGUACACCCUUAGGCAUUAGGCUAAUUGUGUUCUACAUUUGUAUGAACAUACUCAAGCAUUGCAUAUUUCUCUACUUUAUCCCAGGAAUCACCCUUUGGGACCAGGACUCGCUUCAGAAGGACUUGUGUAUCAAACCGCAACCCAAGGCUGAAUAUGAAAUCAUUGCAUCUGACUCCAUCGAUGAUAAGGCCUCUGCCCUCAAUGUCUCAGCAUCACUCAAGGCCAGUUUUUUGGGGGGAUUGGUUGAAGUGGGUGGAUCAGGCAAAUUCCUCCAAGACACCAAGAAGUCCACGAAACAGGCCAGAGUCACUCUGCAGUACAAAGCUACCACCAAGUAUUCACAGCUGACCAUGAGCCAUUUGGGAAUUCAAAAUGUCACUUAUCCAGCUGUUUUUGAGCAUGGCACAGCCACCCAUGUUGUCACUGCCAUCUUGUAUGGAGCCCAGGCUUUCUUUGUGUUUGACCGAAAUGUCUCUUCUUCUGAGUCUGUGCAAGAUAUACAAGGAAGCCUCCACGCUGCGAUCAACUUGAUUGCAGUCUCUAUCAAAGGGGAAGCAUCUGUUGAGAUGGAGGAGAAGGAGAAAGCCCAAACGGAGAAUUUCAGCUGCAAGUUCUAUGGGGAUUUUUCUUUGGAAAGUAAUCCGGUGACUUUUCAAGAUGCCAUGAAAGUCUACAGCGAUCUGCCCCAAAAGCUCGGGGAGGAUGGAGAGAAGGCUGUGCCUGUCAGAGUUUGGCUGUACCCACUGACCAAGCUAGAUUCCAGAGCAGCUAAGAUGGUGCGUGAGAUCAGCUUAGCACUGAUCUUUGAUGCUCAAACUGUCUUGGAGAAGCUGAAUGAAAUCAGCAUGCGAUGCAAUGAUCUGGCUAUGAAUCCUGUUGCUGAAAACUUCCCAGAAUUAAAGAUGAAAAUCAAGAGAUUCAAGGAUCUGUGCAAGCAGCACAGGCAGACUUUCCAGAAACACCUGGCAGGAAUCCUGCCUUUGAUCCGGGGAGGGGGGAAAGAGGAAAGAGUUCUGGUGGACAUUUUAAUGUCCAUUAACCAGUCUCCCUUCAACAGCCAAAGACUCAGUGAGUUUUUGGAUGCCAAGGAACGAGAGAUUAAUUUGGUGAAUUCUUACCUUAGAAUCCUAAGUGAAAUGGAAGUAAUCUCUUCCCAGAACAAACUGGAAGAAAUCGUGCUAAACCCUGUGAAUGAGUUUGUUGUCUCAUUUACCUUCACUUCUUUACAUGAUGAGGAACCAUUUUUAGCCACCUUACAAGACUGGCUUCAGAAAGAUUUUUUUCAGGAAACAGCAAAUUCCACCAGUGGCCAAUUGACACCCAAGAACAGUAAAGCCUGGUUUGAGCACCAAGAGACAAAUCGGAAUGCUCGUAAAGCUGCCAAAUCCAUUACAGAUUUUGCCCGGGUCAAUAAAUCAAAUGAGAAAACCCGGUUCCUUGUGGCUUCUGUCCCAGAUCAGAACAACCCAGGUGCUUCCAUUUACCUCUAUGAAGAUGGGGAGAUGGUCAGCAGCAACUUUGAGCUGCCCUCAAAUCCUCUCCCUCCCCUGGUUGGCCGAAUUGGACAUGAGAGUGUGCAGCUGACAUUUCAACCAGCUGACUAUGGGAGGGUUUCAAUCUCCAGCUAUCAAGUAGAGUACAAGAUUGCAGGAGAAGAAAAUUGGAAGAUUGUGAAUACUGACGACAGUCAGGAGACAUUCCAAGUGAGAGGGUUGAGGCCGGACUCAGAAUACCAAUUCCGAUACAGCGCUAGGAGCAAACCAGGACUUAGUGAGACCAGCAACGUGAGUGAAUCUGUACAGACACGUCCUACCAGCCCUCCUGGGGAACUGAGAGUGAUAAUCGCAGAGUCUUCCAAAAUCAGUAUAGCCUGGGAGAGCCCAAAGAUCAUUGGCCAGGGAGCUGUUAUAAAGGAAUACAAAGUGGACUACCGUGAAGAGGCUGGAGAGGCAAAAAGCAAGGACAAAGAUGAAUGGGCUGAAAAAAGAACAGGGAAGAAAACAGAGUUCUGUGAGAUGGAUGGUCUGAAGCCCCAGACACCCUACAGAUUCAGAGUCUCAGCCAUGUGUGCCGGUGGGGCUGAGAGUGAGCCCAGCAAAGAGAUUGAGGUUUCCACAUCAUUGGAAGGAGACGAGAAGAGAGUAGCUUGUCAAUACCUCCAAGGCAGCACCCGCGUGGAGGAUGGGCCACCAGCAGUGUAUGCUCUGCCACUGGAGCCCAUACAGGAUGCCUCUGGAUCCUGUCUAACAUACCAGCUAGGGAAAGAGAACAUUCAGGUCCCCAACAAAGUGAUUAUGGUGAUGGGGGCAACAGGGUCAGGGAAAACCACUCUCAUCAAUGGAAUGAUCAAUUAUGUCCUGGGUGUGCAAUGGGGAGAUAAAUUCCGAUUCAAACUUAUUCAUGAAAAUACCAACAGAAGCCAAGCUCAAAGCCAAACAUCAGAAGUGACUGCCUACGUUGUCCACCACUGCAAGGGUUUCCAAGUCCCCUAUUCCCUCACCAUUAUUGACACUCCAGAAUUUGGAGACACAAGAGGAAUAGAGCAUGACAAGUUGAUAACAAAGCAGAUCCGGGAGUUUUUCUCCUCCCCAGGGGGCACUGAUCAUAUAGACGCCAUCUGUAUUGUCGUCCAGGCCUCUUUUGCUCGUUUAACUCAUGCCCAGAGAUACGUUUUUGACUCUGUGCUCUCCAUCUUUGGCAAAGAUAUAAAGGACAACAUCCAAGUCCUGAUCACAUUUGCAGAUGGACAGACCCCUCCUGUUCUCGAGGCCAUUAAGGAAGCCAAUGUACCAUGUGCUAAGGAUGCCAAGGGCACCCCUGUGCACUUCAAAUUCAACAAUUCAGCACUGUUUGCCAACAAUCCUGUGGAGCCUGGAGGCAACUUCAAUUUUGAUGAAAUGUUUUGGAAAAUGGGCACCAUGAGCAUGAAGACCUUCUUUGAUUCAUCCCACACGCUAGAAACGAAGAGCUUAACAUUGACAAAGGAAGUGCUCAGGGAGCGAAAAGAGCUUGAAGCUGCUAUUGAAGGGUUGCAGCCCCAAAUCAAAGCUGGACUGGCCAAGCUGGAAGAACUGAGGAAGACGCAGGAAGCCCUGGACAAGCAUAAGGUUGACAUGGCGGCAAACAGAAACUUUACAUAUGAGGUAGAGGUAACUGUACCAGUGAAGACGGAUAUAUCUGGCACAGGAAAAUACAUAACUAAUUGCAUGAAUUGUCACUUCACCUGUCACUAUCCUUGUGCAAUUCCUAGAGAUGAAGAUAAACGUGGUUGUGCAGCUAUCAGUAGCAGCACAGGAAGAUGCACAGUCUGUCCAGGCCAGUGUGAGUGGAGUGUGCACUUCAAUCAGAAAUACAAAUUUGAAUAUAAAACAAGAAAAGAGAGCAGGACCUAUGAAGAACUGAAGCAAAAGUAUGAAUGUGCCUCUGGUGAGCUGAUGACCACAGAGAAAUUGCUUGAAAAGCUUAAUGAGGAAUAUGAAGAAGUGAAACACAUCUUAGAAGAGCUUAUUCAGAAAUCAUCUCAAAGCCUCCAGCGCCUUCAGGCGAUUGCACUGAAGCCCAACCCGCUCUCUACCCCAGAGUACAUUGAUCUGCUCAUCAUGUCCGAAGAACAGGAGCUGAAGCCUGGAUAUCAGGAGCGAAUCCAGUCCCUGAAGGAAGUGAGGAAAGUAGCUGAGUUAAUACAGAAAAUUGCCAACAAGGAGCCUCUGCUGCCGGGAGAGCAGAUGCUGUAUGAUCAAAUUAAAGAAAAAAAGUCCUCUCUAGGAGGCAAAAUUAAGAAAGGGAUUGCAGCUGUUGUAAACUGGUUUAAACAAGGGGAUCAUAUAUAG